GUAAAUGUGUAAAAUCCAAAUCUAUUAUACUAGUAUUGUGUAUAUAAUAUUAUAAUGCUAUAAGAUCUGAACAACAUGUGAUCUGUUAUAAAGAAAUCAAACCUCAUCUCUUCUUCUCCUAUCUCUCCCGUUCCUUCUUAAAUUUCCUCUCCCACACCAACCAACCACCACAAAAAAUGGACAUACUCAACUCCAUGCUCUUCGUUCUCUUCACCUUCAUCUUCCUCAAAUCCAUCCAUUUCCUUCUCUCAAAACACAAACCACCACUCCCACCAGGUCCACGUGGCCUCCCCAUCAUAGGCAACCUCCAUCAACUAGGCCCAAACCCCCACAAAACCUUAACCAAUCUCUCCAAAACCCAUGGCCCAAUAAUGUCCCUAAAAUUAGGCCAAAUAACUACCAUAGUUAUGUCUUCACCAGAAACUGCCAAAUCAGUUCUUCAAAUCAAUGACCAAUUUCUUGCUAACAGAAAAGUACCUGAUGGCAUGAAAGGUGCUAACCACCAUAAUUAUAGUUUACCAUUUUUACCUAUUUGUCAACGUUGGAAAGAUUUAAGAAAAACAUGUAACAACCUUUUAUUUUCGAAUAAAAACCUCGAUUCCAAUCAAGCACUUCGAAGCCAAAAGAUUAUAGAACUUUAUGAUGAUAUAAAUGAUAGUGCUAACAAAUUUGAAGCAGUUAAUAUUGGAAGAUUGGCUUUUAAGACAACUAUUAAUAUGCUGUCAAAUACGGUUUAUUCGGUUGAUUUGAUUCAAUCGAGUGAUAAAGCCGGGGAGUUUAAGGAGUUGGUUACGAAUAUUAUGAAGGAAGUUGGAAGACCUAAUGUCGCCGAUUGUUUUCCGGUUUUGAAGGUUUUGGAUCCUAUUGGGAUUAGAGGAAGGGUUGGUGAGUAUUUUGGGAAGUUGUUGGAAAUUUUUGGUGAGAUGGUGGAUGAAAGGUUGAAGAUGAGAGAGUUGAAAGGUUAUUGUGGGAAAAGUGAUAUGUUGGAUGCUAUGCUUGAUGAUGAGAAUAAUAUUGGGGAGAAGUACGAAGAAAAGAUUGCACGUUUGUCUGUGGACUUGUUUGUAGCAGGAACUGACACAGUAACUUCAACAAUAGAAUGGGCAAUGGCUGAAUUACUUCGCAAUCCAAAAGUUAUGUCAAAAGCAAAAUCAGAGUUAAACCAAAUUAUUGGUAAAGGAAAUUUAGUUAAAGAAUCAGACAUAACAAAACUUCCUUAUUUACAAGCAAUAGUAAAAGAAACUUUUAGAUUACAUCCAGCAGUUCCACUUUUACUACCAAGAAAAGCUGAACAUGACUUAGAAAUUAAUGGCUAUAAAGUCCCAAAAAAUGCACAAGUUUUAGUUAAUGUUUGGGCUAUUGGAAGAGAUUCAAAUACAUGGGAAAAUCCUAAUGAAUUUUUGCCUGAAAGAUUUUUGGGGUCAGAAAUUGAUUUUAAAGGUAGAAAUUUUGAGUUGGCACCAUUUGGUAGUGGGAGAAGAUUAUGUCCUGGAUUACCAUUAGCUAUAAGGAUAUUAUUUUUGAUGUUGGGUUUAUUUAUUAAUUGUUUUGAUUGGGAACUUAAUGAUGGGAUUAAGGCUGAAGAUAUGAAUAUGGAUGAUAAAUUUGGACUUACUUUGGAGAAGGCUCAAGCUUUGUUAGCUGUCCCAAUUAAAGUAACAUGAUCAUUAUCAUGUGGCAAAAUAAAUAUUGUAUUGUGUUUUAUUUUAUCAUAAGUAUUGUAUUGUUUUAUUUUAUCAUGUAGUGCUUGUAAUGUAGUGAAGAUGUCAAUGCCAUGACGUCCAGAUAAUGUUAAAAUGAAUUUGAAUUUUCCACGUGAA